AUGGAUCAGGAGGAUGCUGGGAUGGAUCAGGUGGAUGCUGGGAUGGAACAGGGGAUGCUGGGAUGGAACAGGGGAUGCUGGGAUGGAACAGGGGAUGCUGGGAUGGAACAGGGGAUGCUGGGAUGGAACAGGGGAUGCUGGGAUGGAACAGGGGAUGCUGGGAUGGAACAGGGGAUGCUGGGAUGGAACAGGGGAUGCUGGGAUGGAACAGCUGGAUGCUGGGAUGGAACAGGUGGAUGCUGGGAUGGAACAGCUGGAUGCUGGGAUGGAACAGGUGGAUGCUGGGAUGGAACAGGUGGAUGCUGGGAUGGAACAGGGGAUGCUGGGAUGGAACAGCUGGAUGCUGGGAUGGAACAGGUGGAUGCUGGGAUGGAACAGGUGGAUGCUGGGAUGGAACAGGUGGAUGCUGGAAUGAAACAGGUGGAUGCUGGGAUGGAACAGGUGGAUGCUGGGAUGGAACAGGUGGAUGCUGGGAUGGAACAGGUGGAUGCUGGGAUGGAACAUAGGGAUGCUAGGAUGGAACAGGAAUAG